AUGUCGGAAUCGGCGGAUUUUGGAUUUUUGAAAAAAUGGCCGUUUGGUGUAUUGAUGGCCAGUCAGACGGUAGGUGAUUUUCAUCAAAAUUUAGUUGAAAUUCGAUUUUCAGCUUCUCUCUUUGGCUGGAAUUAUCACCUACUAUUGCACUGCGUUCAAAUACGAAGGAACCGGAUUUGUGAUCACAUUUUUGCCAUUUAUUUUGGUGUCUAGUUUGGUGAAUAAUGUGAUUCAUGUUUUUGGUUAUCAUAGAAAGGUUUGAGGCAAAAUUUGACUCAAAAAAUCUCGAUUUUUCUAGAUAAUCUCAAUUUUCGGCCAUCCAGCCAUGAUUCCCGCCACGUUUUUGGUCUUCAUCACCACCGUAAUCUCAUUCGUCGCCGCCUGCAUUUCCUCACUGAUUCUAACCAUCAAUUUUAUCGAUUCACUGCGUUUCAGCACUCGACUUAUCGUAUCUUACGCAUUUUUCUUGGUGAGAUUUUGAAUUUUGCUAAUUUUGAGCUAAAAAUUGUGAAAAAUACUCAAUUUUGAGCCGAAAACCCUGAAAAAAUCACCAGAAAUAUAUAAGUACGGUAUGUUCCUUUAAAGGUCGUGGCAGGACUCAACAUGCUUUUAAAGGAACAUACAGUACCAAUGAAUUUUAUCUCAAAAUUCAUGAAUUUUUCAGAUCUUUAUCCUAUUAUUGGCAUUUGUAUGCGGAAAAUUAUUGAUUUUAUUGUUCCGCGCGGCGCCGAACGGACAAAUCCGACAAUUGACGCAAGUUGUGAUCGAAGGAGAAAGAACUGCAAAGUGAGGCUUUUUUGGGGGCCGAAUUUGGAGCAUUUUGAGCCUGGGAAGCCUGAAAACGGGCCUGGGCUCAAAACAAGCUGAAAAUCUCGAAUUUUAAGGGAAUUUGAGCCUAAAUUUGUCUGAAAACGGGCCUAGACUGAAAUUAAUCCGAAAAUCUCGAAUUUUCAGGAAAUUUGAGCCUAAAUUGGCCUUAAAAGCCUGAAAAGGGGCCUUUAAGUUCAAAAUAUCGAAUUUUCAGAAAAUUUGAGCCUAAAUUGGUCUGAAAAAGAGCCUAGGCUCAAAAUAUCCCGAAAAUCUAGAAUUUUUAGGAAGUUUGAGCCUAAACUGGCCUGAAAACGGGCCUAGGCCCAAAAUAACCCAAAAAUCUCGAAUUGUCAGAGAAUUUGAGCCUAGAAUGCCCUGAAAAGGGUCCCAGACUCAAAAUAUCCCGAAAAUAUCGAAUUUUUAAGGAAUUUGAGCCUGAAAACAGGCCUAGGCUCAAAAUAACCCGAAAAUCUCGCAUUUUCAGGAAAUUUGAGUCUAAACUGGCCUGAAAACGGGCCUAGGCCCAAAAUAUCACGAAAAUCUUGAAUUUUGAGUCAGAAAAUUGUCUCAGAUUCACCGCCGCCACCUCCACCACAACAACAACCACAACUACAACAACAACAACGAAUUUUGUCUGA